AUGCCCGAGCUAACGCAGGAGGUGACCAAAGGGCUCAUCCUGGACGACCCAUCCCGGCGUCUGACGCUGGAGGAGAUGCUAGAGUCGGAGUGGCUGUCCAGGAGCGCGGCCGAUUUCGAGACGCCCCAGAAGGACGAGGCCCAGUGGCUGGUGAUUCCGCACACCUCCCCCGAGCCUUCGAAGUGGCUGGCGCCGUACCUGGGCGGCUCUCGGCCACUUACGAUAUCCAGCUUUAUUGGCUCGCAGCAGGUCCACCUCUUCAACCAGAGGCUCGCAGACCUUGACCUUCACGCCCUGACGGCCGUCCUGCUCGUGAGGCAACCGGGCACGGAGGAUACGUUCGUGAAUCCGAACGAAGACAUCACGCUGACGGAAGGCAUGCACGUCUACCUUGGCAUUCCCGCCGAUUCGCAGGACACGGACGCGGCAGUGGAGGCGGCGCAACAGCUGUUCACGGCCCCCCAGAUGAAAUCCCAGAGUCGUGGAGGCCGCAGCUCUUUCAAGAGCGCAGUUGUCAAGUACGAUCUUCACGACGUGACCACGGCGUAUACCCCCUCCAACAAGCGCGGGGUUGCCGAAACGGGCGCCAUGUAUUCUUUUGCCAUGGAGUUCGACAGCUUCAGGUUCCCGCAGCACAUAGGCCACGAGGCCACCAUUGGGAAGGAGGCUCUGCCAGGCCCCAGGCGGGAGUUCAACGACGUCGGGCAUAUUGCCUUAGACCUGAAGGACACCUUCCACAUCAACCUGGUCGGCAUACAGCGCGUGGGCGAGGACAGCGCGGAGUGGUUCCCCGACCCGAUCUCCCUGGUGAGGCCGGGCGAUCUGGGCAUAGUGGCAAGGUGUCCUAUGCGGGACGGUGGAAGCAAGCCUUCCGUCGAGGAGGAGACGCUCGCGAGGCUCAUGGUCGAGGAGCGCUUCAACGACGCCAUCCUGGCUCGUCGAGACCCCGCGCGUGCGCCCGUCGAGGUGGGCAUCGCAAGGAAGGAGAGCUUUACCCACGCGCGCCUGUACAGAAAGCCCUGGGACGGGCAGGAGGGGGUGAACGGCGGGAUCGUCAAGCGGGGUAUCGGUCGGACCAGGGUAUACGAUCGAGGUCGGUUCGGGCAUGGUACCCUCAGGUUCUUCGUGCUCGCUGGAGGUUCUUGUGCGCCCUGGGGGAGGGUAUGCCCUUUCAUGUUCUGA